UCCCCGGUCGGGUUUGGCGCUGCGAAAGCCGAAAGUCUUCGGCUGUGGCGAAGGGACGGGUUCUGUAUAUUUCCACGCAGCCCGGCCCCAGCACGCAGCACGCACGCAGUGCACCGUUCAGUAGCAGUCCGGGAGUCGAUCGGUGCGGAACACAUCGCAGCAGCGAUUUGUGGAUCGCGUGAACUUUAUACACGCGGCCAGUGGCAACAGUUUCCAGUGGCACACACACAGUGACACCCAUCCCGCGGUGGGACGGACAGUUUGUGGAAGGCCCGUGAGUUUUAUUCUACUUUCAUUGUGAAUUUUCUUGCGCUCUGGUGCAGCUUUCUCCCACAGCUAGUGGUAAAUGAACUCGUCCCCCGUCCCUGGUUUUGGAACUGUUUGGGUAGGGGGAUCGCACAGGUCGUACAGGUGCAAAGACUUUGGGUGUAAGGGGAAUGGUUUUAGUGGCUUCACGGGAAGCCAGCGACACAGUGAGGCGACAGUUCUGGGAGGGCUGAGUGUGACAGACCCUUUUGGCGUAGUGCAGAGUGAAACAUAGAGUGACUAGCGGUGGAACUGGUUCCAAGUGCGGAAGAAGAACGUCCAAUUGUGAUGGUCUUAAGAAUGUUUGGAAAAAAACCAACUGUUCAAACUACAAUAAUAUAAGACAAACAAUAAAAAGGCAAACAAAAACAAAACACUGACACAGGCUUACGAGUGGCGUCAAAGUCAGCAAAACACACACACAUGCCCACACGCUGGGCGCACAAAAUAACGGCUUACGGUGGGAGUGAAAAGUGUGAACUCGAGUGGUGCAAUAAUAACGGCGAAGACGAUGGCACGACGGCAGGCAAACCAUCGAUGAAAUAUUUCAUAACUCAUAAGAGCGACGCCCCACUGCACUAAGCAACUCUCGCGCGAGCGCGCGCGCGUCCCACAACUGUCAACGUCAGCCGCCAGAACCGUCUUCGCAGUGACUGCCAUAUUGCAAGAUUCGGUGGAAGAACCGAUCAGUGUGAGUGCUCACGGUGGGUGCGGGUGCGCGAGUGCGCGAAGGAGUGCUGCCAGCGAACGCCAGCCUUCAGGCCGGAUUGAGUGAAACAACACCGUUCGGCGACACAACAAGAACAACAGCAGCAGCAAGGCGCCAAAAACAGGUGGCCGGCGUGGUUGGGAUACUGUUGGCGGGGCGAGAACACAAAAAGUGCUUCCGUGUCGGAAUUCCUUCCGAUUUGUCAGCGGUUUUUGUUGCGCUGUUGUGUUCGAUUGCUACCGCACCCUCCCCCGGUACAUACACCACCAACCCACCCACACAGCAGCGGAAGCAGAAGAAGAAGUCCACUCUCCGGGCCGUUCGCCAGCAUCAACCCUUAGCAGUGUGGGAGGGCGCGCGAGGGUGUGUGUGUGUGCGCGCGUGAGUGAGUAAGUGUGUGUGUGUGUAUGCUGCUGCCAGCGCUGCUGCUACUGCCGCCGCCGUUGCCGUUGCUAGAGUCGUUUGAAUGGCUUACGGGGCGAGUACGGCGAGCGUGAACCAACUGCUGCUGCUGCUGCUGCCACGACCGCAAAAUGGCUAGAUUCUACCAGACGGCUACAUUCGGCAAACUGUUUCACAAUUGGAUCGAAGGGGAAAGACGCCAUGACGCCAGCAGCAGCAGCAGUCGCAGCCGCCGCCACAUCGCAGUAGCUGCUCCCGCAUCAGCAACCCGCAACCGCACCCGAGCCCGCCGAACGCCCACAGGCCGUGUUGUCCAUCGGCGCGUCGUAGUCGCCGUCGCCAUCGCCGCCGCCGCCGCCACCGCCGUCACCGUCAGUCGUUGUGUCCACGUCACCAGCCGCCGGAACGGCGCGGACCGGAGCCAUGAACGAGUCGGAGUGUGCCAGCCUGCUCGCGUCCGUACAGUGGACGGAUCCGACCAAUCUGGUCUCGCUGGCGGUGCUCGCCUUCAUCAACGUGCUCGUCAUCGUCGGCAACUGUCUGGUGAUUGCGGCCGUGCUCUGCUCGCACAAGCUGCGCAGUGUUACCAAUUUUUUCAUCGUUAGUCUAGCUGUUGCUGAUUUAUUAGUCGGAUUAGCUGUAUUGCCAUUUUCGGCUACCUGGGAGGUGUUUAAGGUUUGGAUAUUCGGUGACGUCUGGUGCCGCAUCUGGCUGGCGGUCGACGUCUGGAUGUGCACGGCCUCGAUCCUGAACCUGUGCGCCAUCUCGCUGGACCGGUACGUUGCCGUCACCCGGCCAGUCACCUAUCCGAGCAUAAUGUCGACCAGGCGGGCCAAGUCGCUCAUCGCCGGGCUGUGGGUGUUGUCCUUCGUGAUCUGCUUUCCGCCGCUGGUCGGGUGGAAGGAACAGAAAGUGAAAGAGAACGUUUAUUAUCAAUACGGAAACUACACACUGGUGUCGGUGACACCGUCCCCCGCGCCUCCCCUUCCCUGUCCCUGGACGUGCGAGCUGACGAACGACGCCGGGUACGUCGUCUACUCAGCCCUCGGCUCCUUCUACAUUCCCAUGUUCGUGAUGCUGUUCUUCUACUGGCGGAUCUACCGGGCGGCCGUCCGGACGACGCGCGCCAUCAAUCAGGGCUUUCGCACCACCAAAGGUGGCAAGAACAAUCUCGACGACAGUCUGACGCUGCGGAUGCAUCGCGGCAAAGGUGUCGCCUCGCUGAUGGAGUCGACGAUACGGGCCCAGAACGCGGUCCGGAUGUCGCUGGAAGGGUCGGGCCGGGGAGCACCACCGCCACCAUCGUCUCACCCGACGCAGCAAUCGUUGCCGCCGCCGCCGACAACGCCGACGCCGCCCGACGCACAGAACGGUGGCACCAGUACGGACGGUGGCAGCAGCGGCACCUCACCGAAUCCUCAAAUCUCGAUCUCACGUGCCUCGAGCGGCAGCGUGGUCGUGUUGCCCUGUCCCCGGCCGACCACGACCACGACCACGACCGCGACCGGCCUGCAGAUAUCGCUGCACAAUCACCACCAUCACCAUCACCACCAUCAUCAUCACCACAGCUACCAUGGGGCGCCGGGCAGUGGCGCCCCCUCCCAGCAGCAGCAGCAGCACCAGGCGUCCCAGCAGACGUCCGGCGGCCGGCACCACCACCACCACCAGGGCGGCAGCCGGCGCAAGAGCGUGUUCAAGGAGGCACCGGUCGGCGUGUCCCGCGACCUGUCGCCCAACUCCUCCAAGAAGCUCGGCAAGAAGCACCUGAAGGUGCAGGUGAAGCGCUUCCGGAUGGAGACGAAGGCGGCCAAAACGCUCGGCAUCAUCGUCGGCGGCUUCAUCUUCUGCUGGCUGCCGUUCUUCACCAUGUACCUGACGCGCGCGUUCUGCGCCGAGUGCAUCAACAGCCUGCUGUUUUCGGUGCUGUUCUGGCUCGGCUACUGCAACUCCGCCGUCAACCCGUUCAUCUACGCGCUGUUCUCGAAGGACUUCCGGCAGGCGUUCAAGCGCAUCAUCCUGCGGUGUCUCUGCUCGAAGCGGCUCAAGCUGAACCUGCUGCUGAAGAAGAACUCGGCGCACAACAACACGACGAACCACUCGUACAGCCCGUCGGCGUUCACGCCGAUCGCUUCGACGCCCCGGACGGAGAUUGCGGAGAGUGGCGUCGUCGGUGGUGUGUUCAGAUGACGCGCAAGCCACCCGGUGGGAAGUGGGGCUGGUCCAGGUAUCGGCACAGAUGGUCAGCAGCAGCAUCAGCAGCAGCAGCAUUUGCUACAGGUCCAGACGUCGGCAGGAAACAGUGGAAGUGUUUCACCGACGCUCGCAGGAUUAGCCGGUACCGCGAGCCUCGGCAGGCUUUCCGGCAGUUCGGAUGAUAUGCGGCUACGGCCUCCGAUCCGCGGUGACCAGACAACCGAAAGCAGCAUUGACGAGGACGACGAUGACGAUGGCGCAGAGCAGAAGGAUGAUGAGAAGAGCAGGCCGAGAGCCAUCUUCGAGCGCUGCCAGGUGACCGUACCGAGUCGCGGCGAAAGCUCCGAGCGAACCGUCAUACUGCUGCAUGACAUCUUACCGACAGUCCCGAUCGGUACCGGGGCCGACGAACGCGCCCGUGACAAUCAGCGUCAGAGCGACUCCUCCUCCAUUACGUUCCUGUGAAGCUCGAACAGGAUCGAAACGGCCACUGGGCGACGAACCUUUCACCUUCCAACUUUAUCAUCACAGAGGGGCAGAGCCCACACAGGAGAAAGUGUCUCCCGGCAGCAGUAGCAGUAGUAGUAGUAGUAGUAGUAACACGUUAGUGAGUGAAAUGUCAAUCAGCAUAUAGCAAAAGCCAACUACAGCAACACAGGGUAUUAGCACGGUAAACAGCAACAACGGAUCCCGUGCUCUCCAUUGCCGACAGUCUGGCCGUGGAUCGUGUUGGACAGUAGAAACAGUAACAGCCGCGUUUGUGAGUGCGAGUGUGUGUGCGUGCGUGUGUGUGAGUGCGUGUGUGUAUGUGAGUGUGUUUAUUUAGUAGCCGACUGGACGGUAAAACAGUAUUUUCUUGCCGCGAGUGCGUGCAAGGGGUGUUUCUCGCCCGCGACGGUAGGUCCUGCCGGACGCCCAACAGCGUCCAGAAGACAAAGCCGCACAGCACGGGCGUACACCAAUUCCGGCCCCGGCAAAACGCCCGGUUGCGGAAGCAUAUUCUAGCAAUCCUGACAAAGAAGUAAUAAUAAUCGUAGCGCGCAAAUGGCUAAUGGAUACUAGCAAAUAACAUUAGCAACUAAUUUCAGCGUAAAAUCCCCGUAGCAAGUAAGCAAAGUAAUAUUAAUAAUAAACAAAACCUCCCGCCCUCCCCCCAAUCAACCCCGAUUGCCAUUUUACGCGACAAAUAAAUCAACGCACAGGAUGCCGCGCUGGCAAGGCGGCCAACUGCUUAUCUAUGCUGCUCUGUUGAUUUGUUUUUAUUUUCUGUUUUUGAGUGUGUGUUUUUUCUUUUCUUCAUUUGUUUGCAGUACAGUUUUGUUGGCGUUUUUUAUUUUGUUUAUUUUUUAGUCGUUAAUACUUACUAACUUUUGCUGCAGAACUUUGUGCAACAUGUUAUGCGUAGUGAAGAUAGAAAUAUAAGCAAGAGAUGAACGCUAUGGGAAAGCGGGAGUAAAUUGUUGAGCAAACACAUGCUUCACAGCUUCGUAUGCCUAGUCUUUGUGGUGAAUCAGUAUGGGCACAUUGAGGAAAUGUUGUGUAAAAUAUUUGUACAAAAAAAAAAAUUUUAAGCUACUCGUAUUAUUCCAGUAUUAUUGCUCAAAUUGAACUGUAGGAGUCGUUCAUAAAAGCAUGUUGUUACGAAUGUUGUUGAAUUUCACGUUGAGGAACUAGCGUAAUCUGUUUCAAUAGACAAACUUGCAUCUUAAUCAGGGAAACCUCCGCCUGAAUAUCGAACCUCAGGGAAGAAUCGCAAAUUUCUAAAGAGAAACGCAUCAACUAUUAUCUGAUGUACUCAAGUUUAGUUCUAUUAGAAAUGAGAUACUUACGUUUGUAGCUUUUACUCUAUUCUUCCUAGUGAAAUUGAAACAUAGGGAGAGUCGUAAAUUUAAGGGAAAGAUUACAGCACGAAAUUAAAUUUUGAAUUGAUACUUCAUCUGGCGAAUGUACGUAGUACGUUGCUCGGUUUAUCUUCAAUUUUGCAAUAGCAAUUUAUGAAUUGCUGGUUCAACCGGACUUUAGGGCAGUUCCAUUCAUACUGUAAAUCGGCUUACAGAUCAUGCUAGAUUUCUUCGAAAGCAAUUGAGUGAUUUCAAUCUAACGAUGAUUGGUUUUUGUUGGAAUUUCUGCAAUAUUCUUUGCAGGAUGAAUGUCUCGAUUUUUUAAACAUACAUCGACAUCUUGAACAUCUAAUAUUAUACAAAUUCUUAUGUUGUAGUAUCUGCUAUCCAAAAUUCCUAUCUCGGCUACAAAACUUGCGCGGAAAAGUGCAGAAUUCAGCUUCACAAGUAUCUUUCAUGUGAAUGAGACAUCUUCGAACAAUUUCUUCUCGCACUGUAGAUAUUAUUUCCAAGCAGCUAUGUUCAUCCCUAUGGCAUUAUCUUCACGGCCUGGAUCUUCAAAGAUCUCAAGCACAUCACAAAAUCUGAAUGCCCUGCCGAGAUCUUCCUCGACUCGCUAUCGAUUCAGAACUCAGAACAGGGCCCAUUAUCGUCUAGACAUAGUUUUCGCCAUAUCUUAAUGAUCUAGGUUUCAAACAAACAUGGUCGUCUCGUUGCAUUUAAUGACUGUCAAAUUUGACAGCAAAAAGUAGUUCCAAUUCGUAAGCCUGCAUGAGCAAAACUGCGCUUCGAUUGUUCCAGCUGAUGUGAGCGAUUCCUCAAAAGGCGUUUACUAAUGAUUGACACAAAAUAGCAUAGCUUUUGUUGUAGCUGUUGUUGUUUUUGUUCUGACAAAUUGGAAGAAACACGGUGCAGUGAACCUGCUGAACCGGUGCUGAGCCUCCUUUUUUGCGUAGGCAAACGAGUCCACCGGGCACGUACAAUCGCCGCUCGCAUCUGCCGAUGUGAUAAGCGCUCCCAUUGUGAUGCCCCGCCAUGCCCCCUUUCCCUUCGCUGCUCCGCAAAAUGGCGCCGUACUGUUGCGCAAAUCAAACAAAUCAAAACCGCAAACUCUUCAUUAGUGAUGCCGUCGCGGCUAAGCAGAACAGGGGCCUUGCCCCAUCUCUCCGUGCUGUCUGCAGUUACGUAUGUUUGUGUGUAUGUUUUUCUUUUCGUUUCGUUUCGUUAUGGCUUCCGGCAGCCGAUCGUGACGCCACCACACGUUACGACUGGCGGCCAUUGCUGACAGACACGCCGUUACGCAAACACGUCGCCAUUUCCAUCGCAAAGCGACGCGCGCGUUUGUGCGGGCUGGAAGGAACGUACCAAGUUGUUCCGUUACCCUCCCGCCCUGUCGUUCCUGUGUUGCCUUUAGCUUUUCUGCAUUUUGGUUUCGGAGAAGCUUACGCUGGCCGUACAUGAGUCUCUUCGCCGUACCUCCGGCUUGGUGCGCUAUUUAGUAAAAACAGAUCGUUAGAACUGGUGGCAAAGGAAGACGAUACAAAACAAACUAACAAGAGGGAGAGGAGGAGAGAGAGAGCGUGUGUGGAUGGGAAGGGUGAGGUGAAAAUAUAACAACAAGCGGCCAUGGAAUGGGUAGAAGCGCACAAACAAACUAGCACAAAACAAAUCACCCCGUUUGCCGCAGAAAUAAUCGUUUGCAACCGAAAGCAUCAGCACACGCGGCGAGCGCACAUAAUCCGUGUCGGUCGUGGGGAGCAAUCUUUCAGGGAAAGAGCACAGGGCGGCAAAACGGGAACACCACUAUAUUUGUAAACAGUGGCGCCCUCUAGCACGAACCGAACGGCCACGCGUGCAAGAGCGACGAACGCAAUCGGCGUUGGAAACAAAAUGGUUGGCAGUUGUUUACAUCAAGCAAAGCGACGCAGAACAGUGCGUUCGCAAACAGUGCGAGGCGAGUGACGGUUCGGUGAAUAAAACGAUAAAAAAUGGCCACCACAUCCCCUCUUCCCCCCUUCCAGCACAGCCAUACGCGACCUAAUCGUUCGCAGACAAUCAGAAAGCGGGCUACCGUCGGAACCACAUCCUUGCCGCGCAACACUCUUCCCUAGCAAAAUCCCCCUUGCCAAGAAGAUGGACGGAGUAGCGAUGGUGGUGUGGGAUCGGACCUGGAAAUGAACAAACACAUUCUGUUGGACGUGAUUGUUGCUUUAGUUUCGCCCGGCGUGCUCGCUCCCGGCCGCUUGCCAGGUUUGCCCUCGUGCUAAUUGACAUUCCUGUCAUUCGGCUCGUUGUGCUUUGGUGUUUCGGUGUGGUGUGGACCGUAGGCAACCGUGCUGUCACCCUUUUGUCAAUCACGGCAAGCAUUUGCGGCCCUCCCCGCAUUGGCACAAAUGCCGGGCACGUAACAAAUUUGGAGCUGCAUUUAAAUGGAUUUUUGGGCGGCGAAAUUUUGGGAAAUGGAAAUUUAAUGUCCCGGGAGGGGCCGCGGGAAGAUGCUGAGCUGUCCCGAAACAAAUCUCACCUGUCCGAGGCUGGUGGAUAUAUUGUUGGCUGACCCCAGCCCGCAACGGGAUGAGUCAGCGGUUGAUGAGUUUUGUUUUCCCGCUGGAGUGAGAAAUUGGAAGUUCUCCGGAAACAGAACUUCCCUGGUGGUAAAUAAGCCGCGUGAUCCGAGAGCUUACGCUCUUUCCCCAUUGCAUUGCAUUAUUAUAGUCAUCCUUCACCCUCUGAAAACCAGCCCACCGCCCGGGGUCGUUUCGAUAUUUUUACGGGCUCUCGGGGUUGUGGGAUUAUUGAAUUUUACGAGUCUGACAUGAGCCUGUGGUAUCCGAACAAGCGUGCUUCCACUUUUUGGAGCUGGCACAGGUCGAGGACAGCAUUUCCAUAACAGCCCAACAGGCAUGGGGAGGGGGAGGGGAGAAGACCAAGAGGGAGGAACCAGUCGGUGGGUUUUCUGUGCAAGAUUUAAUGUGCAAAAGUUGGGCCGUUUUGGGUUCUUACGGAGCAAACCGCGCGUCAAUACUCGGCCGGAGCAACUGUUCGUGCUGUAAGUGCCCCAGUUUUUGUGCUGGUGCGUUCCACCAAGAACUCCAGGACGCCGAGUGGCCAGGUGGAAACGAUUACAACCUGCACUAAGAACCUUCAUAAGGUACGUUAAGGUCUCCCUCCUAUCUGGCCCACCAAACGCGCUUCCCGUGUGCAAAUGCACGAGAAAAUUGAGCGUUUCUUCAAGCCAAAAGAGACAAAUGAAAUCAUAAAGAUUGGACGGAUAUGCACAGUCAACGUCGUCGAAACGGUCAUACGAGAGCCCUUCUGCUUAAAACUCGCGGCCGCUUUCUACCUCACGUAAAACGGGAAGGUAGGUAAAAACGGACACUCUGGGAAAGAUGGACACGUUUCAUAAAUGAAGGAUAAAAUAUUUGUUAUACAUUUUAAUAAAACAGCUUCGAGUCUGAAGGAGAGCACGCUGGACAACCAUUUUUGGAAUCGGUGAACUGGUCCGAUUGGGAAACAAAACAAUAUUUUUAUUGUACACACGCUUGUGGAUCUAAUUUGGUUACUGUGGAUAGUAAAAUCUACUUACUUCUGUGAUUAAUAAAACAAACAGAAACUGAUCCGAACAGAUACUUGCGCCCAGAAGCUUCAACAAUGCCUCUGCUCAGCAAUCUUGAGAGUUAUUAAGCGUGAUGACUCACAAUUCACACACUAAUCUCUUCAAUUUUUAACGAUUUCUAUCAGUGACCAUCUUUCCCAUGUCAGGUGCCUGUCUUUCCCGAACAUCCCUCUGAACAUUGGACGAAAAAAAACUUUGCAAAAUGAUAAGCAUUAAUAGAAACUUCAAUGAUGCAACAGAUUUCCGAGUUUGACGCACGCCGUAUUUCUGUUAAUUUAGAUUAUUUAAAUUUUUCUGUACGUGUCCGUCUGUCCUUACCGUCCCGUUACCGAAAAACAGCGUUCCAUCGAUUUCUCGUUUUGUUUUUAUCUCUUUAUCCCGCGUUUUCCCUCCUAGCUACAGCUACAGCGCGAGCUAGCAUAAAUUUCUUAAAACCCGCAAAAGCGCACGUGCUCCGCGGGCGUGCAUACAUUUAAGGCGCAUACAGCUGACAGACACUGCAGCGCACACUCGCGGCUUGCACGCGGCACCUGGUACUAGACCAAAGUAUGCUCCCUGAUCCUCCACCACUUUCCCUUCUUCCCUUUCACCUUCCAGUUUGUGUUGCACAAAAACUCUCCCUUGUCCUAUGCUUUGAAGCAACCGCCAGGCUUGCAUAGGAACGAACGCUUGCCGAGGGGGUUUCAUUUUUUAUUUUUAUGUUUAUGCUACUGUGAAACGAACGGGUUUUCUACGCAGCAGCUGUAAGGGAGCAUUAUCAUUAUUAUUUUGCCGUUCCCCGGGUAAUCUUCUGCUGAGCUGCGCGUAGUAGCUGGUGCAGCAGACGACGCGAAAGCUUCUUCCUUUUUUUUGCGCCCACAGUGUAGGCAAUCUUGUGUUCGGGGUCGGUAGGUGACGAUUGCCAACUGUUGCAGCUGAGCCCAACCAACAAACAAGCCAAAAUAAUAAUAAAAAAACAACAACAAACGAAACAGCUUCUGCAUACACACUCAUACUAAACUUUGUUCCGAUUAUUCCCCCCCCCCCCCCCUUUAUUCUCUCUGUCCGUCUCCUUCGCUCUCCCUUCCUCUCUCUCUUUCAAACGCAUUAUCCUUGCUCCCGAUCCGAACCUGUCAUGAUGCUGUCGCGCCUUCAAUUUCCCUCCCUGUGGUCCCUGUGCUGCGGCUCGUGCUGCUCGUGGGCCACCCCUUUCCUCUUCCUCCUCCCCUCCCCCCUCCCAUUUCCUGAACCCUCCAAACCCCUCUUUACUUCCCACAGG